UUGUCUUUUACCAUUCACACGUUCGUAGUAGCACAAAGGACGAUUCGAAGACACAAAGCCUUGUUUCAAGCACUCAAAUGGCUAAAAGCACGCGGAAACAUAGGUUGACCUCAUCCCCUAAACUCGCGCACCACCACCAGUCCACACUAUCCCUCUCGCUAAGUACCAUCGGAACGAUCUGAAUAUAUAGUAUAGGCAGAGCUAUGACAUGCGAGCUCACAGUGCAUCCCGGCAUGCCGAUGCCGAAAGGCUACGGCUUCCUUCCCAAAGGCAUCCGCUACAAGACCCUCCACUGCAGAAAGCUCACUCACGAGGCAGGCAAGCCACUCUACAUCGUCGUCGAUAAAAAGAAGCAAGUCGGUCUGCGAGCGCCUAAUUCCAUUAUCCACCAGGUUCAUGCACAGGCCAAGCAGACCCUUCCUACGCGCCGUGCCGCAACUGAGAAGCGUGACGCUGCCGAUAUCACCAAAGCAGCUGCCGAAUUAGCUAGUCAGUUUCCAAGAAUGCCAACGAACGAGAAGGAGACAGUCCUCAAACAUGGAUUCAGAAAACACUCGGGUAGAGUAGGCAGAACGAGUCUACUAUUGCUGUCGCGGAAGGUGUUGCUAGCAGUCAUUGCACAUGUUCGUCAUUAGCAUAGUACUUAUGACAGUAUGUUGGACGCUGGGGUGGAUAGGGACAUGGCAAGGAAGAUGACAAGGGACAAGAUCGAAACCGUCCUGCGCGAAUGGGGCUAUACCGAAGAUCUCUCUUGGUACUUUCGUUGCGAAAAGAAUUUUGUUUGCGAAGAGACUCCUGGGAUAUCGACCGCAUCAAGUGGAUCCCCGGAUAGCACGUUUACUCUAGCAUAGGUUAAGGCUAGAUUCAUCCAGAUCCGACAAACUUCCAAUAGUGGGCAGCAAUUAAAAAUUCACGUACUGCGUUCAUCCUCGGGCCCUCUGCGUUUUCCCUAGGGUGCUAUCAGAUGAGUGCUAGUGGUUCAGCUUAUUGAAGCCACUGCCUCUAUGAUUUACCAAG